AUGUUUCGUCGUCGGAAUCGUUUUAUAUUACGUUGCUUUCUUAUUACGAUUCUUCUAAUUUCAAUAAGUAUUUCCUUUGUUGUAAUUACGUCCAUAACUCAACGAAAAAAUUACUUUACAUCUACAACUGUUGAUCGAACAAUUAUCUUCAUUCGUACAUCAUAUCAUUGUCAAUUACGUUUAGAUUAUCUUCUACAAAGUUGGAUACCAUCAAAUUUAUCUCAACAAUCAAAUAUAUAUUUAUUAACAGAUAAUAUUUCAAAAUAUUCUAAUAAAAAAGUAUUAAAUUCAUUUAAAAAUUUAAUUGAAACAAAUUGUCCACAAACACAUAAUCGAUUUGAUUUAUGUUGUAAAACAGCACAUGAAUUUGAAUUAUUUUAUAAUUUAUCACAAAUAAAUUCUAAUCUUGAUUGGAUGUGUCGUUUUGAUGAUGAUCAAUAUGUUAAUCUAGAUAAUUUAUAUCAAUUUUUAUCUCAAAUUAAUUCAUCUAAACCAUAUUAUAUUGGUAGAACAAGUAUUGAUUAUCGAUUAAAAGUUCCUGGACAUAAUCGAACAUAUACAUUUGCAACAUAUGGUGCCGGUGUCUGUUUUUCACGUGCAUUACUUGAAAAACUUCGUCCAUAUGUUAAUAAAACAAGUUUACCACAUGAUUGUAUAAAACGUGGUAUAUCUGAUGAUGGUUAUAUAGGUUAUUUAACUGAAUUUAUUCUUAAUAUAUCAGUAAUAUCAUUAAGGGAACUUUUUCAUUCACAUUUAGAAAACCUUGAUAAAUCAUUUCGUUAUUUUAAUAUAAAUCAUUUAGAAAAUGCAAUAACAUUUGGUUUUGCUUGGGAUCGAUAUAAACUUUCAUGGUUACCAAUAAUUCAUCAAUUAAUACAAUUAAUUAAUAAAGGAGAAAAAUAUGCAGCUAAUAUUCUAUGGAUAUUUUUACAAAAUUAUGAAAAAAUACAUCCGAAUAAUUUAACAAAUCAAUAUGAUCAAUCAUGUACUUCAUAUAUACGAAAAUCAUAUGAAAAAGAUACAUUUAAAAUAAGAAUUAAUAAAACAAUUUGA